AUGGUCGGGAAGUUCGACCUCACUCGUCAUCUAGGGAAGCUGUCUGCCUCCACCCCGGUACAACUGGCGGCGGGGAGAUACCAGGCCCCAGUGCAUGGCUCUGAGCGCCGCGUGGCGAAAGAUGGGUCUGCCUACACCUGGUCUGACUUCCUGGAGUACUACGGGGACAGCGCGGAGCGCGAGUGGCGCCAAGCAGACAAAGUGGCGUCUGACGACAUAGCGAUUGAAGGCAACACCGCCCGAACCUGCUCUGGCGUAGAGGAGAUCGGGUGCAUGCGAAUCAGUUACUUCAAGUCCUCCGCGACAGAGGCAUCGCACAUCGGCGAACUGCGAAAUGCUCGUGGUCGCAAGCUUGUGACAAGACCCUGGAUGGCUCCGCCCUCCUGGCUCUGCUCGGGAGGGAGCUACAACGAGGUCGAUCUCUUCGCUGAAGGGCUUCUGUCUGACCAGGAGCUCAUAUCGGAUGCAGAGAGCGAGAAUAUGACUUCUACAUGGCUCUUGCGAGCUGUCGGCAUCUGUCUAUGCAUUGGUGGCGUGGUCAUGUUCCUGAAUCCGCUGCAGACACUUGCCAAUCUUGUGGAUCAGUUCUUCUCCUGGUUCCGCAACAUCCCGGUGCUGGGAUGGCUCCUGGACACCUUAGGAGACGCGGUGGCUUUAGCCGUGGGCUGUGCCAUCUUUGGCGUUUCAGUAGGCAUUGGCCUGCCGUCCGCCUUGAUUGUCAUGAGCAUUUCUUGGUGCGCCGUGCGACCCCUUCUGG